GACCGGUUCACUAAAGUCGAGGUAUUUAUCUGUUAUAACAGGGGUUUGGAAACGUUAUCGAGACAAAAAGACAGAGAGACGCGAGUUGGAGGCAUCUGAGCAUGAUUUGAUAGGAAUAACUGAAGAAGGCGGUGAUAGGAGGAGGCAGUUUAGUCGCGGAAGUCACAGGUGAUGGGGACUUCUCUGUUUGAUAAAUUUCAUUCGCAUUUCCUCGAUGUUUUUCUCUCUACGCUGCGCAUCAUGUUGUCCACUGUGAAAAAGCUGGAAGUCACCUAUAACCCCAUCAAUGACAGGAACACCUUUGGCUGUGGAGACUCCAUUUGUGGCCAAGUCACGCUGGAAGUGGCCAAAGUCUGUCGGAUAGAAUCUCUGUCCGUUAAAUUCAAAGGCAAAGCAGAAGCUGAAUGGACCGAGAGACACGGUCAAACUACUGUAGUGUACCACUCCAAAGACAAAUACUUCAGCUUUAAACAUUACUUCAUUGGACGCGAUAAUCAUCAGGAGGAUGACGAACAAAUUCUACUGCCAAACGACAACCUGAACACAUGUAAGUAUUUCAAAGUUGUGUCUUAA